AUGUCGUCUUUUCAUUUUAUUGUUCGAGAGGCGCAACAUGUCUCGUCUCACAAAGUUUCUUUGUGGACAUUCUCAGUGUUAAUCAUGAUCCUUGUGGUUGGAAUCUAUGCCACUCCAUGUCAUGCUACCAUGUGGAAUAUGCAAAAUACGUUUGACACCUUCUCAGAGUAUGACUUUUCAAACACUGUGAACAUUUCAGAUGUUUCACAAAAUGGACUCUCAAAUUAUCCUCUUCAAAUUGGUAGACCAUUCUUGAAGGGAGAAAUUCCACCUGGUUACGUUCCUGGCCUUAAAUUGAAUGGAGUACAGAUUGAUUCACAAGCAGAUAUUACCACUCGCUAUGAAGACGGAUCUGUUCGUUUUGCAGUCCUCUCUGCAGUUUUACCAAAAGUAGAAAAAGGAGGAAAUGCAACCUUGUCGUUUGUUCCAGUUGUGAAAAGUGCAUCAUCAACUCCAUGUACCAUCUCUGAAAUAUUGACUGCAUUACCAGAUGCUGAUGUGUCCAUUAGUUUGAGUGGAAAUGGAACUGCAACCUCCACAAUCACUGUUUUGGAAAAUUCCAAUUUAGACACCUUACAAGAUGUAUUGUACAAUGUGACCAUUUCGAAAGGUUAUGCAACAUCUUCUACUGUAGUUUAUUCUCAAAAUGAUGUUCAACAUUUGUUUGGAGGAAGAUGGACGAAAAUAUUUUGGUUUGGAGGAGAACCUGAAUCUCGAGUGAAUUUCAAUUACAAUCUCGAUUACUUGAGUGCCACUUAUUUCAUUCCAAACUAUCCUAAAAACAAUACCCAAACAGAGAGCCAAAUUGCAAACUAUUACUCGUAUUGGUUAAAAAAACCAAAAGGAGUGAUGGAAGCAGGUAUUUGGACACCUUACAUGCCUCAAACAGGUAUGAGAGAUGACAUUGGAAUCAUGCCAGAGUUCGUUCAUGCAUGGUUGACAUUGGGAGAUUGGCGUUAUCGUGAAAUUUCUCUUGUCAGUGCUGAUUUAGCAGGAGGUUGGAAGAGUCAUUUUCGUGAAGUUGAUGCUCAACUCAAAUUUGAUCGAAAUCAAACAGUAUCAGCUAUUGGUAAACCCAUUUCUUUGAAUGCACAUCCUGGUUUAUGGUUCCCUGAUAAUGCAGGAAAAUAUAUGGGUGCCCUUAAUGUUCCUCAAUUACCAAAUACAAAGAAUUGGGUAUUCGAUGGUGCUCAUCAACCUGAUGCAUUCUCCAUUCCUUAUAUUUUAACAGGUGACUCGUAUUACUUGGAAUCUUUACAAUUAUGGGCUGCCAGUGGAGUCAUGAGAAUUAAUAAUGGUCAAUACGGAAGAGCACUUUUAUCUCCCGAUGGUUCUCAUGAAAAAGUCUAUUUCACACAAAUGGUUGAAGAUGCCAUUGCGUAUUGGGAAGGUCAACGAGGAGUGAAUAACACCAUGUUUUUAAAUCAUCCAAAUAGACAAUGGGCAGUUAAAAACACUGCUUUUGUAUGGUCUCCAUUAAGAUUUUGGACUCGUGAUACAAACUCGAAACAAGCAUCGUUAUGGCAAGAAUUUUUCAUGAUUACUAUUUUAGGCAUGAUGAGAGAUUUAGGAUUUCCAACUCAUGAAAUUUUGAAGGAGUAUCACAAAGUGGUUACCACUCAUGUUGGAGCUCCAAACUAUGAUCCUCGUUAUAUGGGUUAUUACUGGGCCUAUGUCAUGGACUCGAAUCUCACUUGGUAUACCUCAUGGGCUGAAUUUAAAACCCAAAAUGAUCUUCUUCAAAACGAUAGGUCCUUAUCAGCAGUGGAUCAAUUUAAUAUUGGAGGAUUUUAUGCCAUUGCAGCAACCUGUGCUAGUUCAUUUACCACCAUGUAUCCGAACGGUCCAGAAACUUGGGAAUUCACACGCUCCUCAAUUUAUGACAAAUUUGAUUUGAGAGUCAAUUAUCGUUCUUUCAAGGUAUAUCCAAGAACGUUUGCGCCUCCACAACCACCUCAACCUCCUCAGCCACCACAACCUUCCUCACUGCCUAAACCAUCCUCCAAUCCAAAAUCAAGUAACGGAACUGCAAGAACUUCCGAUGCUCGUGCAAUUACUAAACCGUGGAAGAGUGUUGUUAUUGGAAUCAUUUCGAUCAUGACAUUUCUUGUAGGAUACUGGGUGUAA